UCUGUCCUGGCGUCCUGCACCCCUCCACUCCACUUUCUUUCUUUCUCCUCCUUCCACUCACACUCCCUCCAGAGUGGGACUCUUCCUCGACAGGCUCCUGUCAGGUCCGCAGCAUCAGUCUUUUGGGAGCUCCCUAGAAGCCAGAAACCAUGCUGACGUUUUUGGCGCUGGCGUCGGUUGUCCUCCUGGGAAUAGUACCUGAGCAGUCCCAGGCUAUAGUGAUUUACACUGGCUGGGAGCGUCACGCCCUCUUGGGCUCCGACAUCCGGCUGUCCUGUUCCUUUUUCUCCUGGCGCUGGACCUCGGAGGACGUCACCUUCUCCUGGACAUACAGGCCUGAUGGCUCCCGGGACAGCAUUUCUAUCUUCCACUACACCGGUGGUGUUCCCUACGUGGACAACAAGGGCCCAUUCAGGGACCGGCUGGAGUUCGUGGGAAACCCAAGCCGCCGUGAUGGCUCCAUCUUGAUCAAGAACCUGGACUUCAACGACAAUGGCACCUUCACCUGCGACGCCAAGAACCCCCCUGACAUAGUGGGCCGGCCUUCCAGCGUCCGCCUGCUGGUCUUUGAGAAGGUGCCCAUCCAGGCUGGCGUGAUCACUGGGGCCAUCAUUGGGGUGGUGCUGGGCCUGCUGGUGCUCAUCGUGGUCAUCUACUACCUGAUGAGGUUCCUGGUGGCGCGCCGUGUCUUCAGCCUCAGUGUCAGCAAACAUGGCAAGAAAAAGAAAGAGGGAUCACAGCAGAGACAGGGCCCCGUGCCUCCCGCCGACCCCUCCAAGGUGAAGGCGGCCGCCUCGGAAAAGAAGAAGGAGUCUCGCAAGGAUAAGAAAUAGGAUACGGGGAGGGGCUGGGGCGGGCUCGUCGACCGGCUGCUCCAGCCCAUACACCUGGCAGUGCCGAUGGUGCAGUCCAAGCCGCAGCAGCAAACCAUAGCCAAAAAGACAGACAGGGUGGUGGGAGGAGGGGAACAGGGCCCGGCCCGGGUGCUGAUGACCAUCGACCUGGAGCUGACCCGCAGAAAUGGGGAACAGAGACCCGGUGGUGAGGGAGGGAUAGGAAAGUCCGAACCGGUUGGCUUCCUCUCCCGCCUCGUCAACCAGCUCACCUUCAAAAAAUAAACCAAUAGGGAGGCGGGGGAGGCCAAGGGGGGAGGGAGCAAUCGAGGAUAAGAGAGUGGGAAGUCUACUGAGGAGACAGCAGGAGAGUUAAACCACAAACCUACUUCACACCCACCACAACGCCAACCUGAGUGCCUGAAUAAAUGAGUCAAAUCAUAUCUGCUCUUGUCACAGGCUGAUGACUGUAGACGCAGCUAUAUGGGCCGAGAUCUAAGAUGUCGUGAUAAUCUCUUACACCAGCCGGCACCCCGAGUACUUUUGUCAGGUCAUAAGAUAUGCCAUUUGAAGCGAGACCCUAAGACGGCUGGGUUUGAUAACAAAAUCUAAAAAGCUGCUCCCCGGGUUUUGCCUUUCUGGUUCCUUUCAUUGUGAUCCUAUCCACAGAAAAAGCUUUCUCCAAGUGCGUCCGAUACGCAUCACGAAUCCCAAGCUGCGGGGACAAGCCAAUUUGCUUUUUUUUUCGCAGGCAACGUGUCAAACUCUAACUUUCUCCCCUCGCACUGAUCUUCUUUCUUUUUUCCUCUCCAAUCCCAUUUCUUCCUCUUUCACUGUGAAUUUCCUGACUUUCUUGUUAAUUCAAAUUACAGAAGUGAUUUAUAUGCUAACUGCUCUAUCCUGUUUCUCUUCCUCUCUCACUUCCCUUCCCUCUUUUCUUCCUUUUCUCUCUCCUGUAGAUAAAGGUCUGACUUCUCCAUGACUGCCUCCACUCCUCUAGUCUGCUCCCUCCUUUACUGCCCAGCCUGAUGCAACCCCCAUUAUUUCCCAUUAUCUCCUCUCUUUCAAGACAGCACUGGCUGUAAGAAUAGUCCUACUAUAUCAGUGGCAACAGCGUCAAAUAAUUUUUACAACGGCUGAUUGGAGACUCUGUAUGCACUCAUUGGGCAAACUGUAAAACUGUUUAAGGCCUAACAACGCACAUAACUUCCUUAAGAGGAACCCGAAAGACAUCCCUCUGUGUUUAGAGUCCCCUGAAUCUUCCCCCUUAAUGUUUACGACUCAAUCACACACACUGAGCGGAGCUGUGAGUGCACUCUGGACUUCAGAUAGAGAAAAAGAGAGACAGAGACGGAGAGGAGAGUGAUAGUGGGAGAGAAAUAUGAUUCCUGCUCUCAGCCGGCGUAGAUAGAGGUUCAAGCCCUCGAGCUCGGGGUGAUUCAAUCCUCUCACAUUUGAGCUAAUGGAGGUUGUCGCCGUGUCCCUGCCCUGGCUAAAGGGGGCUAUUUCUGGCCCUAUAAGUGCGUACGGGCUUACUGUAACAGCUGCACAUUUUUCAGCUAACAGGGGAGGGGGAGCGAUAAAGAAAGAGGUG